AUAGCUGUCUAGUCAUUGGGAUCUGUGUCCACUGCAGUCUUGCUCCGCGUCGUACUGGGCAUCCACAUCCUGCAGUGAUGGCGAACAGCACACCUCCACCUCCCGGAGUAUAUGUCCCCGCUGUCCUGUUCUUCGACGAAAACGAAGACCUCGACCUCUCAUCUAUCAAAGCUCAUGUCCUCCGACUUGCGCAGGGAGGCGUGACUGGUAUCUUGGUGCAGGGAAGCAACGGCGAAGCCCAGCACCUCUCACAUGAGGAGCGCAAGACCACGAUCCGCCUCGCCCGAGACACUCUGAACGAGAACGGCUUCAAGGACGUCCUGGUCAUUGCCGGCACAGGCGGGCAGUCGACCAGGGAGACGAAGAAGCUCUGUAGCGAUGCUCAAGAAGCCGGAGCGACUCACGCCCUCGUCCUCACCCCCGCCGUCUGGGCUCCCCAGAUGACCGUGGACAAGAUCCUCAAGUUCCACCGCGAUGUCGCCGACGCGUCUCCCAUCCCGACCAUGAUCUACAACUUCCCCACCGUCACCGCCGGGCUCAACCUCGAUUCUGACACCAUUGGCGCCCUCGGCCAGCACCCCAACAUCGUCGGCACCAAGCUCUCGUGCGCAGACGUCGGCAAGCUCCAUCGCCUGGCCUCCACCCUCCCCGCGGAGAAGUUCGCAACCUUCCCCGGGUCUUCCGCUGUGUUCCUCCAGGGCCUGAUCUCGGGGAGCGCAGGGGUCAUCGGGGCCCUGCCGAACGUCGCGCCCAAGGCGCACGCGGAGCUGUACAGGUUGUGGAAGGAAGGCAAGCUGGCUGAAGCGCAGAAGUUGCAGGCACUGCUGGGCCAUGCGGACUGGGAGCUGCAGAAGCUUGGAAGCAUCGCAGGUAUCAAGGCGAUUGUGUCGAAGCACUUUAGGUACGGGAACACGAAUGUGAGGGGGCCACUUACGCCGAGAGACCUGGAGGCUGCCGGGCCGAGCGCGACGACGAAACUAGAGGAGUUGAUCGCGCUAGAGAAGUCGCUGUAGACAUGAACUGAGAUUCAGCCAACUUGGUUUCGUA